UGUGUGGGUGGGUGGGUGGGGGAGAUGCUGCUUUUCCCAUCAGGUUUCUGCUGAACUUGAAUCGCAGCUCCAGGCAACAGUGUAAAGAUGGCGUUUCUAAAGGCUGUUUCAAGUGGAACGAUAUUAACCCUCGUCAUCCUGGUCCAUUCCUAUUGCAUCCACGCCGUUUCGUUGGGGCUUCGCGAGUACGAUCCCAAUGUCUACAAAGAGAGCAAAUACCCUCUGACUUACGAGCCCCCCAACCCAGAUAUGAUCAAAGCCUUGGAAUUCAUUGAGAAUCUAAGGAGGCAAAACGGCGAAGGCAAAGCCAUCCCGGAAUACGAUGGUAGAGUCAGAUUCAACCCAUUUCAAGGGACACCUCUCUAUACAUCAAAUGCGGAGGAAGCAGAUCAGGAGAACCAGCAAACAGAUGACACCAGGGGAUCUCUAGAUGAUGACAGGGCUGAAUGGGCCAAACUUUUGCUGUCAGCCUUGAGGCAAACAGAAAGCCAGAAAGCGAGUGCGUCUAGGACCAACGAUAAAUAUUACAGUUUGCGCAAACAGUACCAGCAACCGGAGGAAGAGACAAUUGAUCUUGAAGGCAACCAGCAAGACUAUGAUGGAUACCCAUUGCCCGAAAGCGGACGGAGAGGUAGGCUACCGAGGAAGCAUUACAUCUCCUUUCCGGAGGAAAUGUAUCCGAUUAAUCCCUACAAACGGACCAACGAAAUUGUGGAAGAGCAAUACACCCCCCAGAGCCUAGCGACCCUGGAGUCUGCAUUCCAGGAACUGGGAAAAUACACGGGCGCCUACAAAAAGCAAAGGGGGAGACUGGAGGAAGAUCGUUUUGGCAAAGUGGAGGAGGAAGAUGAGGAAAACUCCAGGGGCAAUGACAUGGCCUAUGACGAUGUAGCGGGGGGAGAAGAGUGGAACUCGGUUGAAGUCAAGAACAGGCACCAGCAAAAGGAACUGCAAUUUCGAGACGAUGAAACAGAGGUCGACAACGAUUCCGAAGAGACAGAAGACAACGCGAAGAAAUCGUUAGCUGGUUUCAACGAGAUGGGCUUGAAUCGGUUGGAUUCCCAAGAAAAAGCAUUGAUGGAGAAGGAAAAUCAAGAGCAAAUGUCCGAUGCUGCUGUAGAUUUAAUGUUGCAAUAUUACAAACGCAUGCAAGAGGGACAGGCCAAACGAGGUCAAGCGAGAAAUCAAGACACCAACGUGGACAAGGAGAAAAUGGCGACAAAAAGGUUUGAAGGGUCUGAAGAUGAAAUGAACCCACAGAUGGUGGAUCAGCUGAUUGAACUGUCCAGCAAGUUGCAGAUCCCCCCGGACGAUAUCAUUGAGAUGUUGAAAGAUGCCAAGCAGAAGCAAGCAGAGAUGCCAUUCCUGGCAGAGGAGGAAGGUGCCAUUCCCCAGAACGUGGCAAGAGUCUGGAAAGCUCACCCAGAUCGUGAAGGCAGGAUGUUCAGAGAGAGUUACAGCAGGACCCAUGCCGUCCCAGACUACAACAUGAAUGAGAAUCUCACAACAGAAGACAUCUUGAAUGUCCUGGGCAUGGAUGAUAAGAUGUAUGAGAAACCAGGCUACUUAACAAAGGCUGAUCAGUCGGAAAAUGUUCUGCCCAGGAUGCGUGGCCCACUUGAUGGGUUUAAAGAUAACCGCAUUCCCAAACCACUGAGGUUCACUGAUGGUCUGGACAGAGGACAAGCCGACUACGAUGAUGUCAAUCUUUAUGACGAAGAGCUGGCGAGAUACCUGGAAAGGCUGCUAGCCAAGAAUCCCAAGCUGCUGAACGCAAUCGACCUCAAGCGCGUCAGAAUGCCUUCUUCAUCUGACAUCUACCAGAACGAGAGAGACAACUCUCAAGAUCCCAUCAAAGAGCUCUUGCGCAAGGUAGACUCCGAAAAGGCUGCAGAGAUUAUGUCAAUGAUCAAUUCACUCUCAAGUUUCACGGGCAAUGAUAAUAACUACAUCCCACAAAGACAACAGAGUCCUGAAGAUCCUUCUAACUUGAUACUUAAAUUGGCGGAAAUAAUCAAUCAACAGAAUGCGGCCAUUGAUGACAGAGAUCGCUAUAUAGAUAAAUAAAUGAUCUACUAAGUUGACUAAAUGGAGUUGAUUCAAAUCAAAGGUUUAUUUGUAUCUGUGAACAGAAAACAAAAUUGUAGUUUGUCUACUGAUGAUUAGAAUGCAUUAUUACUUGUUUGAAAUUUCUAUAAGUAUCAUAAUGGUCAGUUACAUUCAGAUGUAAAAAAAAUAAGUGUUUAUUGUGUGUGGCAUAUACUGUAGUUAUCAGUCUUUUGUCAUGAAUUUUUCCUCUGUGGAUCUCACUUUUAAAUGUGAAUGCCCCCUGGAAAACAAUAUUUUACUUUUCAUGUUGAAGCGGUUUUAAAAAAGAUGUUUAAUAUCGAAAUUUGUCAAACGGUUCUUUGCUUUGAAAUAAUCAUUGAUUUGCCGUUUGUGUGCUGUGAAUGAUUCGUUAAACAUGCCGUCGGCUAUCAUCAGUUUCACUGAAGAAACUACAUUUUCUUAAUUGACGAAAAUAAGUUCAUUAUUGUCUUAUGAAUUCUUGUGAAAAGCUAUGACAAGAAAAUAAAGUGGAAGCAUUAAACUGAA